AAUGCGCUUUUACGGGUUCAGAACCAGCUACAGAGCAUUGACAAAAUUAUUCUGAAGAAAGACAGAGCCGUUCAGUUGACAGAGUCUUCUAUGGCCAAGCAACGUGAGACUUUAUUGGAACGGGAAGAUUUUACAAGUGAAAAGCACAUAUUGUCUUGCAGUCCCAAAUUCAUACAAGCAUUCGAAAGGCAAAUUGGAAAAGAUGUCGAGGAAACUUGGCAGACAAUGGAAGUCAUGCAGAAAAAAGUGAAUGAAUUGAAGCGGGAUAGCUGUACCUCCACGGAACUGGAACAAGUCAGAAAAGAGCGAGACAUGUGCUACGAGAAGUGGGAGAAACUCAAAGUAGUGAAGGAAACCAUUAAGGAAGCCAGACUUAGGCGCAAAAAAUCCAACAAACGAGUAUCAAAGUUCGAAACGUCAAAUGUGUUCCACAACGUCUACAUUGAGAUAAAUGAACGACUCCAGACAGAAAAGGAAGAAAUUCAUAAACUGUGUUUACACAAAGUCCAAAUUUCCUCUGUCCGAGAAGCAAUCGAGUUAGCGCUGGAUGAAUUAAAGACUGAUGGUCAGACGUUAGGCUGGCAGAUGAAAUCUGACGGAACCCCUGAAAACGACAUCAAUGGCAUGAGCUGCAAGCCAAAAGACUGGUUCACUCUAGAAGAGACGAUUUCGGCCAUUUUGGCUGAUGUCAAACAUGACGUAACACAGAAGCACGUUCGAUUCUGCUCAGGAAUACAAGACAAGAUUGUCUCGACCUUGAGAGAGAAUCAACUAUUUGAAAACCAAGUCAAUCCCAUAGAAGAAGACCUGUCAGUAUUUUCCUCUAGUUUUGUCCACAUUGAACAUGACCUUAUAGCUUCAGGUGAUCGAUGUAGAGAACGAAGAUCCAGACUAGGACACUCAACAAUGUGUAUUCCAGAAGAUGACACUCAAGACAUUCCAAGAAGACGAGAAACAGUUUACCAGUCACUCAUCAAUACAGUUAAACGAGAAAUAAACGAACAUAUGGGAAAUAUGGUAGAAUUACUAUCACAAAUUAACCCUGAACAUACUCGCGUUGGGGGAAACACGAGCGGAAAGAUAUUGAUUUGCUACCAAAAUCAUCUAUGUCAUAAAAUUAUGGAGCCUUUAGAAUCAUUGUAUGACAAAACGUACGGCAGUAUAUGUAUCAGUGUGUUCAACAAAGUGAAGGAUAUGUCUUUUGAGGAGCUUGGGAUUGACGAGCCCUGGAUACGUCAUCUUAACGAUCUAUCGUCUUCACCUGUCCACGUGACAGAUGUUAAGGUACCUGUCGAGACUAUUUCCUUAACUAGCGUGCGUUCCAUAACGUCUGAUCUCAGUUUGUUCUCUAUUGGAAAAAUGCCCAUCGAUGAACUCUAUCGGCGGGCCGAAAAGGAGGGCUCAAAGCUGGAGAAUGACAUAGAGACUGUUGAGUACGCCAGUCCUUUCCCUGAGGAUUCAGAACUGACCCACCCCAAGAACAUGCUGGGCGCCUCUCCAUCGAGGGAGAGUGAUACAAUAGCCUUUCAUGAGCCUCCGCCGUCCUACGAAGAAUCUUCGAAGUUACCGCCCUGUUAUGAACAGAAAAGCUCCGCCAGUCAAAUAAAUCAGGAGGAAGGUCAGAGCCUGUACGAUAUUUUACAGCCUGGCCUGGAUAUGAUCCACUCUUUAGUGAGGGAGAACACUAUAACGGGUAAACUGAAGCUAAUCACCAAGACGUACCGGUUUGUUGGUGAUCAGGUGUCGACGCUGAAGUCCGCGGCCUCGCUUCAGGAUUUCGUGGGUUGUUGUGACGAACUCCUCACUCUCCUGAUCGUGUUACUCACGUACCUCAACGAAGAAGAUUUCAGAAGACUCUAUGUUCAGACGUACAUGGUGCUCGACUUUAAGCCUCAGUGCAUGCUAGGUGGCGUGCACGACUGUUCCCUUACUAACUUUUUCGCGGCAUUUCAGUAUCUUCAGGAUCGAUUAGUCAUGCAGAAUGUGAGAAAAAGUAAUACAGACGAGCACUAAUUCAAAAAUAAGGAAAGAUCAUGUUUCUGGUGAAUGUUAAUUUAUAUAUCAUGUGCCAAAUGCUUUCAUAGGACGUAUAGCUUCAUUGUAGAUUGCUUCGCAAAAGCCUUCUUUGUUUUAUCUUUUCUUUGUUGAUCAAAAAUAAGAACAAACCUUUACCUGUAACAAGCUGAGAUUUACUUUUGUGGAGCUCUGUUGGUUGUUUUUACUUCUUUAUUGAGUUUUUAAUAUAUUUUGUUGUGAUAUACAGUGUAUAAGGAUGGUGUGUUUACAACCAUUUUAUUGCUACUUUUACGUGGACAUAACUCGUUUUAUUUAUAGUUUCAACAAUACUUGGUUUUUGUGUUGUUUUAUGAUGAACAUUUCUUUUACCCAAUCGAUCGUUGUCUUUAUUAUCUCUAAUGAUCAAAAUGUAAGCACACAGAUACUGUAGUAUUUUGAUAGCUAUAGGUACAUGCGACCCAGCUUAUUUACUAGUGUUUACAUUUGUAUAUAAAAUAAAUAUUGCUUUAGUCACACUUGAAAACGAUUGUUUUAAAAAUUGCAUAAUAGAUCACGAUAUUGAUAUGAUCAUGAGAUUGUGACAAUAUCAAAGUUCUUAAUAUUUAUUGCGGAUUGUUGUAGUUAUUUAUAUAACGAAACAUUGUAUAUGUUU